AGAACAGAAACACACGACGGUGUUUCCAGUUUUUCCCCAAACUCCCCUAGUCCUUUUCAUAUCUCUCUCUCUCUCUCUCUCUCUCUCUCUCUCUCUCUCUCCUCAAAAUUCAAUGUGCAACCAAAGUCCAUCCAUCGAUCCAGCACUCCACACAAAAGAAGUCCACGCUUUAUGCUUCCAGAGAGAGAAACUGUAGACCGAUAGAGAAAGAGAUAUCUACGCGCACACAGAGUCAGAGAGAGGGAGAGAGAGAGAGUAAGCCGAAUUGCCAUGAACUUAUGCCUUAACGAGAUCGAUCAGCGUCGUCACAACCAUCGCCGUCGUCGAGAUGAUCAGCCACACCACCAGCACGAGCAGCAACAGCUCCGCCGUCAACGGCCCGAUGUCGCCGUCUUCGGCCGCCAACACUCUUAAAACCUACUUCAAAACCCCCGAGGGACGCUACAAGCUCCACUCCGAGAAGACUCAUCCCUCCGGCCUCCUCCCCUACGCCCUCGGCAAAUCCGUCACUCAGAUAACCCUAGCGCAGCUGAAGGAGAGGUCGGCGCAGGGAGCGGUGGCACCGCCAGGCUCGAGCUACAGUGCGAGCGGGGGAGUGAGGUAUGUGGCGGCGAGGUUUUUGGGCAGUGCCAACGGCAGCCGAGGGCUUAGCUUUGUGGGAGGGAACGGGACGAGUAAAACCAAUGGUGGAGCUAGUAGGAGUAGUAGUCCGUUGGGAGGUUUGAAUGGGACUACUAGUCCUAUGAUGAUCAAUUCGAAUUUCGAUGGCAAAGGGACGUUUUUGUUGUUUAAUGUGGGCGAUACUUUGUAUGUCAGUGACCUUAAUUCUCAGGAUAAGGAUCCAAUAAAAGCAAUGCACUUCAGUAAUUCGAACCCUGUUUGUCAUGCUUUUGAUUCUGAAUCCAAGGAUGGGCAUGACUUGCUAAUCGGACUUAACUCUGGUGACGUCUACUCAGUAUCUCUCAGACAUCAAUUACAAGAUGUUGGGAAAAAACUUCUUGGUGCUCAACAUUACAACAAAGAAGGGUCUACUGAUAACAGUCGAUGUACUAGUGUUGCAUGGAUACCCGGGCGUGAUGGUGCUUUUGUUGUUGCGCAUGCUGAUGGAAAUGUUUAUGUCUACGAAAAGAGCAAGGAUGGUACUGUUGAUGCUUCCUUCCCCCUCGUAAAGGAUCUGACUCAAUUUUCUGUUGCACAUGCAAAGUCCAGUAAGAGUAAUCCUGUUGCAAGAUGGCAUAUUUGCCAAGGUUCUGUUAAUAAUAUUGCUUUCUCAGCUGAUGGGAAAUAUUUGGCAACUGUUGGGAGAGAUGGUUAUUUACGAGUUUUUGACUAUUCAAGUGAACAACUGAUAUGUGGUGGCAAAAGCUAUUAUGGCGCUCUUCUAUGUUGUGCCUGGAGUGGGGAUGGAAAAUAUAUCUUGACUGGUGGUGAAGAUGAUCUAGUUCAAGUUUGGAGUAUGGACGAUAAGAAAGUUGUAGCAUGGGGCGAGGGACACAACUCGUGGGUCAGUGGAGUUGCUUUUGACUCAUAUUGGUCACCACCAACUUCAGCAAACACUGGAGAAAAUUGCAUGUAUCGCUUCGGUUCUGUUGGUCAGGACACACAGUUGAUGCUGUGGGACUUUUCUAUGGAGGAGAUCGUAGUCCCACUCCGUCGGUGUCCACCUGGUGGGUCCCCUACAUUCAGCGCCGGAAGCCAGUCAUCUCACUGGGACAGUGCAGUCACAGUUGGUACUCUCCAACCUGCUCCAAGCAUGAGAGACGUCCCAAAGCUCUCCCCGCUCGUCGCACACCGUGUGCACUCCGAACCUCUAUCUGGAUUAAUUUUUACAGAGGAAUCUGUUCUCACAGCAUGUCGGGAAGGGCACGUAAAGAUUUGGUUGAGACCAGGGCACUCGGAACAGACAAGCAACUCAAAACCCCUUACCAGUUCGAGUUUGAAGGAAAAGACGCUAUCGUCAAGCAGAUUUGGUGCUUCUAGUUACAAAUAAUCGUUAGAUAGGUGCUUCCAAAGGUGACUUGUAGAGAUGAAUUGCAGUUUUGGGGUAUAUAACUAUUUAUUUUCUUUUUUCACUUGAUUAGGUCGCUGCAAAUAGUUUACUCUCACCUGGGGUUUUUACGAAGUCCGAUUACUCAUCUGCAGGGAUAUUAGUCGGAGAAAACUGUUUUCUAUUGUAUAAGAGAGACAUUUAAUUUAUCAUCACCAAGAAAUAUGGUAACACGCGUGGAAGUGUUAUAAUACACAGAUGGUCUGGUCUCGUUUUGGGACUAUACAGAUGCGGUAUGUCUGACUGAUACCUCAGAUAAAUGUUAACCAUUGCCUUGUUAUGUUGAAAUUACGAGGGGAUGAGUUUCAUGUUUCA